AUGGCCACUGCAGAGGUAGAAGAGGAGUGGGGGGACGGCGUUGACGACUUCUUCACCGAGUUCUCCUUGGCUGCCUCCCAUGACAAGUCGACGCGGCGCAAGAAUGCUGAUGCCCAUCAAGCCAAAGUUGCGCAGUCACAGAAAAAGGCAAGGCUCAAGGAAGCCGACUGCGACGAGUCGGCUAAGGAAGCUCGGCGACGCAUCGCCGCUGCGGUGAUUAGCCGCGCAACGGCAAAGGAAAUCGAGGCAGCUGCACGAGAUGCUAAGAAGCACCAAAAGAUGUGUCCGAAGAAGGGCAACACCGGCGUUGCAUCUGCCCAUCCUAGACUCUCUAGCUUUUCCUUAUCAGGGCAGCAUCAUGGUUCAUCUACCGCAGCAUCGUCCUCACCCUCAUCGAAGGAGCACAGCUCGACAGCGCGUCAAUCAGGUGCAGAGCCCCCGAAAUCGCGUUUUUCCCAGAAGCGCCAGAAGAUGGCCGCCAAGUCUGCGCGAAAGGCAGCACGCAAGGCGGACGCAAAGGUGCACUGCAUCCCAUAUCGACGUGUCUCACGCAGGCAGCGCCGCUGA